AUGAGGUUUCUUUCCCCAUGGAUUCGGUUCACCCGCUUUCCUGUCGCUCUUCGUCUCCCUCGAGUGAAGGUGCUGGCUGCAUCCCUGUCGACACUACCUGCAUCCGAGAGUCUAUCACCUACGCCUUCUACGGGAGCAUUUAAAUUUGUGAAAAUUGUGCGCCCUAUUAGAGUUUUCCGUCAUUUCGAAACUUUGGAUCAACACCGUCUUCGAUCCUCUGAUUUCGUGAAGCUCGACAAGAUGUGUCCCAUCUGCCGGGUUCAGAACACCGAACAAGGCAUCCCUCUGUACAGCAAAAGAAUGAUAAUCAUCUACGGGUCACGCCACAAGUAUCAGCCGUUUCCCCCGGAAACCAAAGGAUUUUUCUACUACUGGGCGAACCCAGAGACACCUGUUGAUGGCCAAGUCCGCUUCCGUGUCACUCGAGACGGUGAUCCUUCUAGCUUUACCACCGGUUUCGACCUUCUUGGGUUGGACGGCCUCCCGUGGUGUAUCACACUUUUCCAGGCAUUGAACAUGGCGAAGUACAGUCCUUUGGGCGAACUACUUCUCAAGGAAAAUCUGGUCACUAAAGAGAUCGCGGAACAAGCGUGUUCUCUGCGUACGCGUCUUAAACAGUCGGCCAUCGAGCACUUGAGGUCAAAACGAAUCCGCCCGGUCCUGAAACUUGGCCAGGUAUUCUCUCUACAUCUUGCGAGCUCCUCAUUCACCAUUUGGACCGAUCGUGAAGACGCCGCCUCCAAGACCACGCGUAACUCUCCAUGGACAUUUAAGGCUAUCAAUCCCAAGACGCAGCGACAAUGUUUACAAAAUGCUUUCGAUGCAGGCAUUAUUCAUGUUUGCUUCGAACGCUCGCCCUUACCAUCGCACGCUGGCAAGCGGUAUCUAGCCCUGCGCGUCGUGAAGAUCGCAGAGCCUAUCCAGAUGAAACCCUAUGAUCAGAUUAAUGGGACAAGGCCAAUACCUCCCCUACGCGAAGGAGAACUAAUCACACGGGUUAGCAAUAGGCUGUGGACGAUAGACUGCGAAACCUCGAGCAAGAAGCGUAUCGCAUUCGGACGGCUGUUUGACGACGAGAUGCCUGAUGAAGGGGCAGCUGCAAAGGAGGAGCGGUCGCAGUGA